GCUCACUCCUGGCGCCAAGCGGGGAGGUGUGUUAGAAUCAUGGCUGCUGCCAACGCUUGGGACCCGGCUUCCGCGCCGAACUCCGCAGGGCUACUGUUGGGCCACUUCGUGGCUUCAGGGUUGGUCACUCAGGGACUGGGUUGGACACAAUAUGAAUUUUCAGUCCCAUGGGCAUGCUCUUCCAUGUAUACAGAAACUUUUUGUGACAUACUACUGUUUUCCUGUUUAAUUACCAAUAGGAGAUGUUAAAUAUAUCUAAGAGAACAGCUCCUUGCUUUGAGAAAUUCUCCAGACUACAACAGAUCACAAAUAUUCAAGCUGAAAUCUAUCAGAAAAGCCUGGAAAUUGAACUUCUGAAACUAGAAAAAGAUGCAGCAGAUGUUGUUCAUCCUUUCUAUUUGUCUCAAAAGUGUCAUGAUCUACAAAGUAUGAAUAAUCACCUGGAAGCUGUGCUGAAAGAAAAGAGGUCCCUCAGGCAAAGACUGUUGAAACCCAUGUGCCAGGAAAACUUACCUUUGGAGGCUUUUUAUCACAGAUAUAUGGUACAUUUGCUAGAGUUGGCUGUGUGUUUCAUUGAGAGAUUGGAAACCCAUCUUGAAACAAUUAGAAAUAUCCCUCAUUUAGAUGCAAAUCUAAAGAAAAUGAGCAAGGCUUUAACCAAGAUGGAUGUUUUGGUGACUGAGACAGAAGAACUGGCAGAGAAUAUACUUAAGUGGCGAGAACAACAAAAGGAGAUUUCUUCUUGUAUCCCCAAAAUAUUAGCUGAAGAAAGUUACCUUCAAAAAUAUGAUAUUAUAAUUUCUCCUUUACCUUUUACUUCUAAAGGUCAUGCCCAAACAACUAAUAUCAAGUGAUCAUCAAUUUUAUUUUCCCUAAUUAUGUAUAGUCAUAUACAGUCCAUUUCUAGUUGAUUGUGACUUGAGUAUUUUAAGGCUUUGCUGCUAGCACUACUGAAACUGCCCGCAGUAUAUUGGAGUACCAAAAUUUCAAGUUCAUUAGGACCUGACUUCUUUCUGAUUAAAAGACUCAAAAACCAAGUUUUAUUUGGAAACUUAUUCAAACAAGAGACUGUUUUAAAAAGACAGAUUUAGGGGCUGGGGUUGUGGCUCAGCUCUACCGCUGAGCCUGUGUUUGAUCCUCAGCACCACAUAAAAAUAAAUAAAUAAGAUAAAGGUAUUGUUUUCAACUACUAAAAAAUAAAUAUUAUUACAAAAGAGAGAUUUACAAGAUAAACUUAAAUGGAAUAUUUGAUGGCAUUAAGGAACUGAUGUACUUGGGUAUGAUAAUGGUAUUGUGGUUAUAUUGAAGGUACAUAUUUAUGAGUAAAAUAAUGUUUUAAAAUACAGACUACUGUUGAAAUCAA